CUGCGAAUGAUGUCUGUUAAUCCUUCUCUCAGAAACUAUCAGUUUGCCAGCUUCCUUUCAGGACUGUUAUCAUAUGAUCCAGGUGAUUGAAUUUUUCUCUUUCAAACAAAGGUUUGAACCAACAGAAAAUUGAUUUGAACUACAUAACUUAAGCGUGUGCAUUGAUGUUUCCAGUCUAUAAAUAAUACGAUUUACCUCAAUAGAUUAAAAAUUAAAUGAUUCUCUCUCUCAUCUAUACACAUGUUAUAAUAUUAUGGAUUUCUUUCAUUAUAUGCCAGUGCCAGUAUUUUGUGAAAUGUUGGUGCUUUCUGUUUAUUUAUUUUGUUAUCCGAGUUUCAAUAUUAGCUCAAUCCCACCUGAUGCAUGAUUUACAUUCAGUAUUUCCUACCAAAUGAAUUAACUCCAAUUUUCUAUUGAACUUCAAUUUUAAUUAAUUUUUUUUAGUUCCUAAAUAUUAAUCAAUCAUAACAAACUAAAGACAGAUGCAUCUAGAAAUGGAUAAAGUUUAAGAAAAAUAAAACAUUUAAUUGCCAUGAAAUAAAGAGCAAUGACAAAAAAACUCAAUAUUUGCGAAUCUUGCUCACACAACAUUUCUUUAAGACCACCACAUCUCUAUAAGACCUAUACAACAUCUCUAUAAGACCAACACAAAAGAUCUCUAUAAGACCAACACAACAUCUCUAUAAGACCACCACAAAAUCUCUUUAAUAUCAAAACAACAUUUCUUUAAGAACAACACAACAUCUCUGUAAGUAGACCACCACAACAUCACUAUAAGACCACCAUAAAAUCUUUUUAGCUUUAAGACCGAAACAACAUCUCUAUGAAAACAACACAACAUCUCUGUAAGAUCACCACAACUUCUCUAUAAGUUUAAGACCACCACAAAAUCUCUUUAAGACCACCACAACUUCUCUAUAAGAACACAAAAUCUCUACAAGACCUAAACAUCUCUUUAAGAACAACACAUCUCUAUGAGACCACCACAAAAUCUCUUUAAGACUAAAACAACAUUUCUAUAAGAACAACACAACAUCUCUGUAAAACCAACAGUACUAAUGCAGGUAUAGAAUAAAAAGGAAGAUAAAAUUGUAAAAAGUAUGAUUUUAUGUAAUAAUCACAUCACCAGGGAAGUCUCAAGGGAAACAUGUACUACUAUAAAAUAACCAUGAGCGAGUUACCCCUCAAGGAUAUUUAGCUGCAUUGGUGGGAAAAAGUUAAGAGACAAAAAAUAAUGUUCAAAUUUACCUACUUAACACAUUUUUUAAAUUACAAACUUUGUAAAUUAUUUGAGGUUUCCAUAAAUUUGACAAAACCGAAAGUUGAAGUUAAUAAAUGUUCUUAUUUUUUCCACUAUUGGAUUUUAAUAAUCUGUCACAAAACUGUUAAUACUACUGAAGUCUUUACGUACAAUUUCUUUAAUUAUAUUUGUUUGUGUUUAACUGUAUAAUAAAUUAAAUAUCUUUUGAUGAAAUAUUUGUGCCCACAGACCAUAGGAUGACACCUUGGGAAGCUUUGCAACACCCUUUCAUGGCUGCAGAAAUCUGUAUUCCUUAUUUUUUAAACAGUAAGUCAGUUUUGAUAUUUAGGAAAAUAUAAUCUAAUGAAUCAUAUUUGUCACUAUUGUCUGGAUUAUUCCAGUAGUCUGUCAUCAGCUCACAAACUCUUAGGGUCUGACAAAACAUUUAUAGCAGUAAUAUAUAUGGCAUCCUUCCGUCUUCGCGAUACGAUGGAGUAUCUAUUGACUCUUCAUCAAAUCGCUUAUGAGGCCAAUCCUGGAAUGGCAGUCUCAACUGUAUUUCUCACAGGAGAAACUUGACUCCUGGUUAAAUUUGGCUCUUUUUGUUGCAAGGGCUUUGUUCAACAAUAAUAAUAAUAAUAGCAAUAAUUAUUUAGAAUUUGCAAAAAGUCUAACUCAGCAUGUGACAAUGGGCUUCUUAAAAAUUGAAUCUGGUUGUACACUUACUUGAAAAUUUUACAAUAUAGAAUCUAGUUAUAUACAAACACUUGUGCAUUAAACUCAUAUAACACAUGCGCAUGUGUGAAAACAGCGUUGUGGGCAGUUUUUUUUUCUCAUUUUUUGGGGGUAAUAUUUCUCUUAAGAAUUUACAUGUUUUACAUGAAUUUACAUAUAUUGAUAUUUAAAAAAAUUUCCCUUAGCAUUUUUACAAUUUUAAAUAUUUCAUAAACUUAUCCCUUCAGCGUUUUCUCCAGAGACAAACCUAACUUUAAAGCAAUCGGAUUAUCAACACAAGCAGAAGAUAUCAAAAAAUAUACUGAGAAUGUACCCAUCGACCUUUGACCUCCUGCGAGUUGGCACAAGUGACCCACCUUUAACAAGGUCUCCCAGCACAAAUCAAGUAAAACCUUCCACAACCAGUGCCUUACUAAAUGUUGAGGAGAAAUAUUUAUGUGCAUCUGGUGAAAGUUACAGGCAUAGCCCUAUAACAUCUACUGACAGAUGUAAGCAAGCAC